GAACUGCUUCACAAAAUCUAAUUUGAGCGAACAUCCUCGUUGCAGUCUCAAAUAGAAGAUUCCUUGACUGUGGUCAUAGGUUAAAGGUUUUGAGAAAUGGAUCGAUCGAAAGGUGAUCCAGAGAACUUGGAGGGUGGAGGUGAAUCGUCGAAAGCUGAAGAAUGUAGUACUUCUGGCAGAGAUAGCCAAACGCCUUGGGAGAGGGUUCAUCAGGCGUUCAAGUUUGCAACAACUCGCAUAGAGCCUGGCGAUCCGGUGCCUGAGGUCCCGGCCGAGCUCAAAGAAUGGGCAGAGAACACUGCGAUGGGCACCUUGGCUGGCAUGUUGUAUUGUGGAGGACGCCAGUUUGUCAAAAACAGAAGAGAAGGUCUUUAUCGGCCGCCACAGGGGGGCCUGUCUCCCGCACAAGUGGCUCGGCUUAUCGCUGAAGAGAACACGCGGCGCCUGAUCCGCUUGGGGAAUGAGACCCUCAGGGGAGGGCUGCGCUUUGGCGCGCUGACGGGGCUCUUCUUUGGCGUGCAGCUGCUGAGCAGCAUCGCGCGCGAUCGGCGGGACAUGCAGGACACCGUCAAUGCAGCGCUUGUCACCGGAGGCAUCUUCGGCGCCCUCUUACCGGGCACGCCGGCGUUCCGGCUACGCAGCGCAGUAUUGGGCGCUGCUUUGGGAGGAGUGGUGGCGGUGCCGGCCAGCAUGCUGCAGGAGCAGGUGGAGAAGCUGGCGCCGGAGGGAACGCGCGGCGCGGUCAGGCACACAGGCCUGGCGGGGGGACCGGUCCCCUCUGCGCGAGAGUAUCGACCGGAGAGGUACACCCUUCGAGACCGUGACUCAGCCGCUGAUGUCAUCCGGCGCCUGGAGCACAGUCUGGGCAGCAGCACAAGCAGCACAAGUUCGUUGGACGCAGGCUCAGAUGCAAGCCCCAAACAAUAAUCACAUUGAUUAGAUAGUGCUUUCUGCUGAAAAGUAGUCUCAUUAGUUGGGGGUAAUGUGGCUUCUGUACCUGCUGGCCUGGUUGUUAGGUCGAGCCUUGAAAACACUAAAGGCAGUGGCGAACCCUGGCCAAUUGGCCAAGGCCUCGUAUUUAAUGUCCAGUUCUAACGGAUUGUUUGAGCUUGCCACGGCGCAGGGCUCAGCGAUGUGUCAUGGAUAUAUGCAGCCUCAGGAUGACACGUUGUGUAAAGGGCGUUCCAG